UUUCAGAUAAAAUGAAAAUGGAGAGGCGGAUCGCGGGAGUAAUCUACAUCCUGAUCACUUUCGCCCUUGUUACCGAAAUGUCAAUUAACGUCCAAGCAAAAGACAACAACAAGAGACGGCCCAAAGAUAAAACUGGGGGAUUUCAAAAGAACAUUUGUGACGUCAGCGACCGUGAUUCCAAAGUCCAUUGCUAUUGUGAAAACACUAGAGAGCCAAGGAAUGCAACUAAAGCGGAAUGCUGGGUAUUUAAUGGCGGAAUACCACGGGACGAUCUAAUCUGGCAAAGUUUUGCUUCGCAGCCAACUUUACAAACUUUGUCUUUUAAUGUUCGCGUCGAUGGUGCAUUGGGUUACGUCCCAACAAAAGCACUUCACUUUCUCAAAAACCUCAGCUCCAUUAAUAUAAGAUACGGGAAUAUAGCUGAUGUAACAUCGUUCGCAUUUGCCAAUCUCACAAACUUAACCGAUAUAACACUGUCUCAAAAUCAGAUAGAAAACUUACAACAAUACUCUUUUGCUCAUCUUCCAAAUAUAACACUAAUAAAUCUGGAAGACAACAUGAUUCUUGAGAUCAGUACAGAGGUGUUCUUUGAUUUACCGAAGUUACACAAACUCGUCUUCACUAAGAAUAACAUAUCGUCUAUAAGAGACGGGGCGUUUUUGCACACGUUCAAUCUAUUGGAAUUGGACUUGAAUAAAAACAACAUAAUCCAUUUAAGGCGCCGCACGUUUGAUGGAUUGGCCAACUUGCGGAAAUUGGAUCUGAGACGAAACCGCAUUUACAAUCUGACUGAAUAUACCUUCGCCGAACUGUGGAACUUACAGGAACUGUUGCUCGGUAAAAACGACUUGAAGUACAUUUCAGAAAGGGCUUUCGACGGUUUGUCUCAACUCCGAAAACUGUCCCUGGAUGAUAAUAAACUGGUUACGCUCCCGGCACACCUAUUUGAAGGAGUAAGGGGUCUAAGUUCCCUAGAUUUACGUUCGAAUGAACUGCACGCAUUAACUUUUGACAACAUAAAACCUAUAUUGGACAACUUGAAGCCACAGAACAGCAAUUUGCUGCUCGAAGAAAACAACUUCGUGUGUGACUGUAGACUGAAAUGGAUGCAUUUAUUGCGAAAUGAUACAAAGAGUCAAAAUACAAGACAGUCAUUGGAGAGUGUUACUUGUAAAAUGGACCCACCGAUAGUGAGUUCUGCUUAUAAUAAGAUGUCUGACGUUAUUGAGAAUAAAAUAAAAUUUAAUCAGGAAAUUUUACAUGCUGGUAUAACUAUUGAAACACUAAACGACAAAAUGAACAUAACUGAGAAAAAAACUAUACCUGAAGAGCUAAAUAAGGAACAAAGCAACGGGAUACCUGUUACUAAAAAAGUAACAAAGAGAUUCGUAUUGAAAAUCCCACCGGAGAAUCUACCAUGCUUGAGAGAUGCGGAAACUACCACCGAAGCUCCAACAUUUAUUGUUGAUCCUGUGAUACCGAUUCAAAACGAAAUGAAAACAUAUAGAUUUCAAGAAACGAAUACAGCGUAUAGACUGUCUUUUAAUUUAAGUGUAGUAUUAUGGUGUUGUUUAGCAUUUUUCUUCACUUAGAGGUUUAAGUAAUUGUAGGGUUAUGUCAUAUAUUCUAUGUAAUUGAGAUACAGACUAAUGUCCCUUCGAAUAAACCACUGAAGUUUAUGGAAUGGGAUUAAUUCUAUGAGCACUUAAACAUUUAUUCAAACAAUAAUGUGAUUGUAUUCACCGUAAAUGUUGUAAAUUACCGAGUUAACGUUUAAAUAGAUUUAUGAAUGUAAAUUGGAUUCGUUUCGUGCAAUUACGAGUCAAAACAUCAUCAAAAUUUAAUUUGGAAUGAGGUAUGAGCAUUUCUAAGACUGCAUUCAUUUAAAAGUUAAAUAAGAGACAUUUUAAAAUGAAACUAAUAUAAUAACGGUGAGAAAGAUUUGUCUUAUUAUAUUUGAUCAAUUUCUCAUUCAC